UCUAAUUUUAAUCAAAUAAAACUAUUUGGUUCGGGUGCUUUUGGCAAUGUUUAUAAGGUUCAGGAAAAAACUAGCAAUAAACAAUUUGCUAUUAAAAUUAUCAACAACAACAACAAUGAUAAAACUAUUGAAUCAAAAUGUAAAGAGUUUGAACUAUUGUUGAAACUUCGGUCACCAUAUGUUGUCCACUGUUAUAAUGCAUGGUUUGAUUGUACUAAUAGACUAUACAUACAAAUGGAAUUAUGUUCGCAAAAUCUUCAAAAUAUUAUUGCAGUUAAGGGACAGGUAUUUGAUAGACAACCAGAAACACCAAUGGAUUGUAUAGAAUAUUACAUUAGUAGCCAAUUGAUGGUUGAAUUGACGGAAUGUGUUGAAUAUUUGCAUACAAGUCGACCACCGGUUAUUCAUCGGGAUCUUAAACCGUCAAACAUACUGAUCAUUGAUAGGCCAGUAAUUGGCAAUAAAUUUCUAAAAUUAGGUGAUUUUGGUUUAGCUACCGAUCAUAAUCGUAAUGCUGAUCAAAUAUCGGACAGUCAUUCAGUAGGGAAAGGUACUUCCGAAUAUAUGGCCCCUGAAGUCUAUAGACGAAUAUAUAAUGUAAAAUGUGAUAUCUAUAGUUUGGCAAUUAUCUAUCAGGAUAUGUUUGAUAUUGAUAUAGAUGAUUACAAUAACUAUCGAAAUAGUUCAUUAUAUGACUAUGUAGAAAAUUUAUCAAGCUUAAUCAUUUCGAUGAUGUGUCCUGUAUAUUCACAACGACCCAGUUGUACUGAUAUUCUUAACAAGUCUAGCGAUUGGCUAAUCGAUAGAAACUUUAUUGAACAAAAUACAUCAAAUCUAAAACAGACUAUCAAACGAAUUGGUAGGAAACAAUUUUUUGGCAACUAUUUGUUUUAUAAAACAAUGUAA